GGAGAUGGUGGAUUACAUCACUAGGUACCUGACGACCAUCAGGGAGAGGAAGGUGACCCCAGGCCCAGAGGUGAAGCCUGGCUAUAUGAGAGAGCUGCUGCCAGACAGCGCCCCCACUGACCCGGAGGACUGGGACUGUAUCUUCAGGGACAUAGAGAAGGUCAUCAUGCCUGGGGUGGUCCACUGGCAGAGCCCCUACAUGCAUGCGUACUACCCAGCCCUGACCUCCUGGCCCUCCAUGUUAGGAGACAUGUUGGCUGAUGCAAUCAACAACAUCGGAUUCACCUGGGCCUCCAGCCCGGCGUGUACAGAGCUGGAGAUGAACGUGAUGGACUGGUUGUGUAAAGCCCUUGGUCUCCCCACCUUCUUCCUCCAUCACCACCCAGACAGCAACGGGGGAGGAAUACUGCAGAGCACAGUGAGUGAGAGUAGUCUGGUAGCUCUGCUGGCUGCCAGGAAGGCCAGGAUCCAGCAGCUGAAGAGGACAGAUCCAGCAGACAGAGACCUGGAUGACUCAGUGGUCAACGCCAGACUGGUGGCCUACGCAUCAGACCAGGCUCACUCCUCAGUGGAGAAGGCAGGUCUGAUCUCCCUGGUGAAGAUCAGGUUCCUCCCUCCAGACGACCACUUCUCCCUGAGAGGAGACACUCUGAAACAGGCCAUCCAGGAGGACAGGAGGAGAGGACUGGUACCUGUCAUGCUGUGUGCCACUCUGGGGACCACGGGGGUGUGCGCCUUCGACGACCUGUCAGAGCUGGGACCAGUAUGUGCAGAGGAAGGUCUGUGGCUGCAUGUGGAUGCAGCGUACGCCGGCUCAGCGUUCCUCUGCCCUGAGCUGAGAGGACCUCUGGGGGGUAUAGAGUACGCUGACUCCUUCGCGUUCAACCCCUCCAAAUGGAUGAUGGUCCACUUCGACUGCACUGCUUUCUGGGUGAAGGACAAGUGCAAGCUCCAACAAACCUUCAGUGUCGACCCUGUCUACCUCAGACACGAAAACUCAGACCAAGCCACCGACUUCAUGCAUUGGCAGAUCCCCCUGAGUCGACGGUUCCGCUCUCUGAAGCUGUGGUUCGUGAUGCGCUCCUUCGGUCUGAAGAACCUUCAGGGACACAUCAGACACGGUGUAGAGAUGGCUAAGCUACUGGAGUCCCUGGUUAGAUGUGACCCUAACUUUGACAUGCCUGCCGAGAGACACCUUGGCUUGGUGGUCUUCUGUCUCAAGGAUGGGAAUGCCCUGACUCAGGAGUUGCUACGGCGACUGACGCGGUCCGGCACCAUGUACCUCGUCCCCGCCGACAUCGAUAGGAAACGCAUCAUCCGCUUCACCGUGACGUCACAGCUGACCACCUCAGAGGACAUCAUCAGGGACUGGAACAUCAUUCGCAAAAUGGCCGCCGACCUUCUGGCCGAGGAGGCCGAAAAACAGGCGGUCAGUAAAAUGGAGGAGCAGCAGUCUCCAGUCAGAAAAACUGUUGAGAAGCUGUCAGAGACAAACAGUGAUUCAGGGAAUCACACAACAGCAGCAGCAGAGGGAAUGGCUGCCACUCUCAUGACUAGGAAACCAAAGGAGAUUGAAAAGGCCAUCAGUGACACAGAGGAUGAACCACUGAAAACACCCAAAAUGCAAGAGACCGGCCCGACACAGACCAGCCCCAAGACAGGAUCCAAAGAGCUGGAGACCGGCCCGACACAGGCCAGCCCCAAGACAGGACCCAAAGAGCUAGAGGCAGGCCCGACACAGACCAGCCCCAAGACAGGAUCCAAAGAGCUGGAGGCCGGCCCGACACAGACCAGCCCCACGACAGGAUCCAAAGAGCUAGAGGCAGGCCCGACACAGACCAGCCCCACGACAGGACCCAAAGAGCUAGAGGCAGGCCCGACACAGACCAGCCCCAAGACAGGAUCCAAAGAGCUGGAGGCCGGCCCGACACAGACCAGCCCCAAGACAGGACCCAAAGAGCUGGAGGCCGGCCCGACACAGACCAGCCCCAAGACAGGACCCAAAGAGCUAGAGGCAGGCCCGACACAGACCAGCCCCAAGACAGGACCCAAAGAGCUAGAGGCAGGCCCGACACAGACCAGCCCCAAGACAGGACCCAAAGAGCUGGAGGCCGGCCCGACACAGACCAGCCCCAAGACAGGAUCCAAAGAGCUAGAGGCAGGCCCGACACAGACCAGCCCCAAGACAGGAUCCAAAGAGCUGGAGGCCGGCCCGACACAGACCAGCCCCACGACAGGAUCCAAAGAGCUAGGGACCAGCCAGGCACAGACCAGCCAGGACCCAGAGACAGGAGCCAGAGACGGCCCUGAGGAGAUCCCCUGUCCUGCUGCCUUCAGAGUUCAGAGAGUCCAACCACAGCUCCGCUUGGACAGUGAUAAGACUGGAUUUAGACCACAACCACCAUUCUGGGUGGAUAAAGAAAAGUCUGGGUCUGAGAACAGGCCAAGGAGGACAGUACGCUCUCUGAGCUGCAGCAGUGAGCCCUUACCUGGCCCCAUUGGGCCCCUGUUUGGCCAUAAUACUGAUCCCCUUUCUAAGCCUCUCUCUAGCUCUAUCACAGACUCCCAGCAUGGACAUAAAGACCCAGACAUCAUCCACCCCCUAAAUGACACCCAGCUCAGGCGUCUCUCCUCCAGCCCAAGCCCCUCGGGCCUCUUUCAGAUCCCAGAGUGGCCUUCUCCAACCAAUUCCAACCAGCUGGGAAAACGGGUCCUGAGGAAGCUCACCAAGUUCUACAGCUUGCCCAGUUUCUGCCACCUGUGGGUGCAGUGUGGGCACUACCAGGUGUGCUGCCCUGUCAGGGGACUUCAGAUCGCCCCAAAACUCAGAUCUCCCCAAAUCCCUGGUCCUCCUCUGGGUGUAGGAGACUCAGCUGUUGGUCUUGUUCCUCUGUGACUACAGUAGAUACCGCUAACUUUCCUGCUCUACUGUAGCCAAGGUUAGCGCCUGGGUCGUAUUCAUUAGGCACAACGUAGCAAAAUGUUUUGCAAUGGAAAAUGAAAAUGAAUGUUUCUUAUUGUACAAGUUGAGGUAGUCCCACCUUGGUCCAAUCCGUUUUCUUCCAUUUGGUGCCCGAUGCAUACGAUCCUGUAGUCUCCCUACCAAAUGUUUCCCACAAACACCUUUGUGAUUUCAGGGUGCAGAGAUGGCAGAGCUCUGAGGUCUUUUAUUUAUUAUGUUUUAUCAGAUAUAAUUUUUUUAAGUGACACAGCCACACAUCUCAGAUAGAUACACAAUAUGUCUUUAGAAUUUAUUACAAAAUCAAUCUAUAUUUAUUUAUUUACAAAUGUUCCAUAAAAUGUUCAGUUUUCAAUUUUCAAUUUUUUUCCUCUAUAGUCAUAAAAUGUACAUCAGAUGAAUAAUUUGACAGUUAAUUUUAAAAUAAGAGGUUAACAGUUAGACAAUCUGUUUAAAACAAAUCAAUCAUAAGUGUAUCUUUCCAUCACAAAUAGAGUGGUACAUCUCCUGUGUCAUGGGGAUGUAUCCCUUACUGUCCUCCAGGUAGUAUAAUCGAUCCUGCAUCACGGAUGGGUUGAAUCCCUCUUCGGCUAGCUUCACCUUCAUCUGCUUGAACGUUCCAGUCACAGCCAGGGAAUUCUGGGAUUUUUAAAAUAAAAUAAAUUAUGUUAAAAUGUCUGUUUUAUGAAUCUUAAUAGUUUGAGAAAAUCUUUAAAAAGGUACAAUCUGGGAUCAGGGAAUCUCUUCAACGUAUCCCAGACGGAAGCUUUAAGUGCUUUUCAGAUAACAGGUAUCAUGACGAUCAUUGUAAUUUGGACAUUAUUCCCACAGGAUCACCUGUAUGCGUAUGAAGCGGGGUCUAGCGUAGCUGGGCAGGGAGGUCUUGACGUGCUCCAGCGUGGCUUUACUGUCAAACUCCAUGUCAUCUUUCAGUUUGACCGCUGCCAUUCCAACCCUCCCCUCGUGUCCUGUGGGGUACGUCACAAAGCAGGAUCACCAAGAGAGACAGCUGACUUUGAUACAUUUUCAGGGAUUCCCAUUGAUUUUGAAUUCUCCCCCUUUAAUGUCCUGGUCAUUCACAGCCAACAUGAGAAGAACACACUGGGUUAAUAACUACACAAUGAUGUGACUGUGUGUGUUGUAGGUGUGUAGAUGUGUAUUGUUAUAUGUAGCUAUAUAUACUAUGUCAACUGUGUGUAGUAGAUAUAAAACAUUCUAUGAAUAAAACUAUUCUAUAAAAAAGAUA